CCCCGUAUCGGAGGUGGCAAUCAAUUGAAUAGUGGCAAUAAGCAUUUCAACAUACACCAACCAUCGAAGGCUUGAAAAAGAUGGAACUCAGAAUCUUUUGCGGACUGUUCUUUGGAGUCGCAGCGUUAAUAAGUGCGGUAGUGAAAUCGGAACACAUUUCAGUCGAAGAAAAUGCGGCUGCCUUGAGUGGAUACAACGCUAAAGGACUACGAAGCAUAGCGCAAGGAUCAGCUCAGCAAGCCCAUUCUGCAGUCGCUCAGCAGCAUGCCGCAGCUCAACAAGCAUCAUUUCUAGCCAAGAGCACGCUAGCUCAAACCGCCUUGCAAGCUGCAGCCACUGCUCAAGCAGCUUUGGCUGGGAAGCGGGUGCUUCUUCAUACUUUAGAAGAACAGACUUCCAUAGCUCACGAGGCGUUCAAAGGCGAAUUAAUCCAGUUGCGCUUGGCAAAACAAGCUGCAGCAACCGCAAACGCAGCUGCCGUAAAAAUUGCCAGUCACGUGUCCCUCCUGACGAGUGCUUUGAAUAGUGCCCAAGAAGCAUCUUUCAGAGCUCAAGAAACAUCGAGUCAUACUAUGUCCGAGCUGGCAUCUCAAGAAGCUAUGGUGGAAACGGCUAAGGCUAAGUAUCAAGCCGUUCAGGAGGAGCUGAGCCAUGUCCGGAUAGAUUUUGAAGCAACGAAGGCUGCCGCUGAAAAUGCGUCUGAGGCAGCAAUAGAGGCCCAAAAUAAUGCCGCAAAAGCAGGAGUACAAGCCUCCAUUGGUCUUCAUGAAGCUGCCGUGGCGGUUGAAAAGCCGGACAUUGAGGAGAAUAGUAAUCUAUUGGACGGAGGUCAUGAUUUGCAUCACUGACCACUCGAUUUGUUACAUUGUUGUUAUUAUUAUCAUUUAUUUAUGAAAAUUAAAUUAAUCCUCUACUUGUAUGUUAUAUGUAUGUUAAGAAAAUUGUUAGUU